AUGUCCUGUGAGGACCGCGAUGAUUUCACUGUCUUUGUGAUUUUGCGCAAGAAGGACAAGAACGGCAAAGACUUGAUGCAUCUCAACUUCCCAUUCCAUGCCACGCCGAUCAAGUCUAUCGACGAGAUUCCAGAGGCAGAACAGGCGAGUUUGAAUCUUCAUCUGGGGUCUAUGGGUAUACUGCGGGCCUCGCAUCAGGAGAUUGAUUCUUCCAGGAGUAUUCAUCCGCAAUUCCCUUUCCAUCCUCAUAAGCGGCAGGAUAAGGUGUCUCCGGGUACAAUCGUGAAGCUGGAGAUUGGCAUCUGGGCAAUGGGCGUGGACUUUGAGGAAGGCGAGUCAAUCAGCGUGAGGAUUGGGGGUCAGUAUCCCAGCAUUGCCGAGUAUAAAUCAUUCUCGAAUCCCAGACCAGAGCACGAGCUCAAUCGGGGCAGACAUGUCAUCCAUUGCAGCGAGGAAUACCCCAGCUCCGUCAUUCUGCCCUUCAUCUGA